GUGAAGGACUCGCCCAUCUCGAUGGUGCUCAACGACUCGUCUCGGCUUCAGACUGGGAAGGGGGAAGCUUGGGUCGUGCAGACCAGCACGGAGUGGGCUGCCGCUAGCAAGGAUAUGCGUGAAGAGGAGCUGUGCGGAGCUUUGCUCGCGGAGUUUGCGCGGCUGGUGGGGGAACUGCCGGCGCCGGAGCAGAUGAAGGCCAUUCACUGGCACUAUGGAGAUGUUGACUACCACCUCCCUGCCGGCUUUGCCCAGGAUCCGUCCAGGCGCCUGUGCCUCUGCGGGGACUGGUGCUACAACGGCCGUGUGGAGGGUGCCUUUCUGAGCGGCGUUCGGGCGGCCAGGGUAUACGACCUGGAGAUGACGGAGAACAGCGUCCUGUUCUCCGAGGCAUUCGCCUUUGUAUCCUUCUGCCACAUGCACCAGGUGGACUUCAUCGCAGAGUCUGGGGUCUACAAGGGAGUUUCUACGGAGAUUUGGAGCCUCUUCGCGCAGAAGGUGGCCGCAGUGGACAUCUUCCUCGCCCCAGAGGCUGAAGCACGUCUACAGAAGCGGAAGAACGUGCGGCUCUACACAGGAGACGGGCGCAGCCUCUUGCCUGAGCUGCUGGCCGAGACCCGGAAAGCAGCUGUCUUCAUCGAUGGGCCCAAGGGUGAGCUGGCCAUCCACUUGGCCUUGAGCUUGCAAAAGCUCCCCCAGGUGGCCUUCGUGGCCAUGCACGACAUGGGCCCCUACCGCCGGGAGCUCAAGCGUCUCGGCGCCUUCUUCUUCUCGGAUGAGGAGUGGUUCCAGGCCACUUAUGGGCAUUUGGACGCGCCUUUCUUGCAGCGCCCAGAUUUGGAAGCUGGAGGAACUAUGGCCUUCCUGCCUGGCACGGACGCAUGA